CGCGGAGUACAACUAUAGCAAUAGCCGUGGAAUAUUAGAGCACGCACAGAAAUGAAAGUUACUCUGCUUGCUGUGGCUAUAGUCACCGCAUUGGCAUCCCUAACCGGAGCCGCCGAUCCUGAAUGCAUCUAUCGCAAAAUCCGUGGCCUAGCAUCACAUUGGCCCAAUCCCACCGAUUGUGCUAGUUACUACCGCUGCUCCAACAAAAAUGUUGCCAAGGCCAUAACCUGUCCUGUUGGCAAGGAAUACAAUCCUAAGACUGGCAAAUGCGCCACAGCCGGACGUGGUCUCUGCAAACUCUCCCUGGCCGCACCGUUGGCUGAGGUGACCAAUGUCUGUGCCGAUGAGGUGAAUGGCGCCUAUCUGCCCAAUGCUGACUACUGUAGCCAGUUCUAUGUCUGCAACCAGCAGUUGGCCUAUCCUCAAUACUGUGAUUCUGGCAGCUACUUCAACACCACGCUCGCCGCUUGCUGGCCCGAUACCGAUACAGUCUGCUGGCAAAAUAUUUGCAUCGAUCACCCCGAUGGCACAGUGGAGCCCAGCACCACCGCCUGUGCCCACUACUAUCUCUGCAAUGAUCAGGAGGCCACCGUGCAGAGCUGUGACAGCGGUUCGUACUUUGAUGUUACAUUGGCAGAGUGUGUCACCGAUGAGGGUAAUACCCAUUGCUGGGAGAACUUUUGCAUUGACAAGCCCGAUGGCUCAGCUGUGGCUGACAAUGACGAUUGUCAGAUCUUUUAUAUUUGCAACAAGGAAACGGCUACAAAACAAUAUUGCUCUGAUGGCUCGUACUUUGAUAUUUCCGGUCCGAACUGUGUUCCUGGCACUUGUCCUGACAAGAAUACAACUACAACGACGCCUGAAACACCCACAACGGAAACACCGUCAACAGGCUGCAAUUGUGAAGGCGAUAUACCCAAUGGCGAGCUGACACCCAACGAGGACAACUGCCGUCUGUACUAUGCCUGCAAGGAUGGCGUGUUGCUGCCAGGCGAUUGCCUGAGGGGUAAUUACUUCAAUAAGGUUUUGAACGUUUGCAUGCCCGUGGAGGGUGAUGAGUGCCCAGAGAGCUGGUUGCCCGACUGCGAGGAAGGCGAUGUGGCUGUCGAUGCUCAGAACUGUAACAAGUAUUAUGUUUGCGAGGAUGGCGUUUGGGAAUCUCAAACCUGCGACACUGGCUAUUACUUCCAGCCGGACUGUGGCAGCUGUGUGGAAGAUACGGAACAUGUGUGCCCGCAAUGCGAAAGCACUGAAACCACAACGCAAUCUACAGUGAUCCCGUCAAGUGAACCCAUUCCCACAACGGUGACAUUCGAGUGCAACGCAAGUGAUCCUACGCACCAGGCAGAAAACUGCUACACGUACUUUGCUUGCAUUGCCGGCAGCUGGAGAGAAGAGUCCUGCCUGCCUGAUACUUACUUCAAUGUUACGCUCAAGGCUUGCGUCGCGGACGUAGACAACAAGAAUUGUCCUGAGAACAGGAUGAUGAAGGGAUUGCGCAGCAAGCGGAGCGUGGAGGAAGAGCUUAACAACUGCACUUGUCCCGGCGACAUUGCUGAAGGCAGUAUUGUGCCACAUCCCACUGACUGCGACAAGUAUCAAAUCUGUGUGGAUCAACAGCUCGUCGAUGGCAGUUGUGGUCCUGGCAACGUCUUUAGCAGCUGUGAUGGCGUCUGUGUGCCCGAUGCUGAUGGCACUUGCUGGCCGUGUGCCAACAAACCCAACGGUUAUCUCAUCACCAAUCCUUCUGACUGCACUUCCUAUUUCACCUGCUCCAACGGUGCUGCUAUCGAAACAACUUGCCCAUCUGGUGAAUGGUUCACGGGCGAUGCAUGUGAGAUCGAUGUAACUGGAGUAUGCAUCAAUCCCUGCACCUGUGGCACCGGAAACGUUGCCCAUCCCAUCUGCAAUAAAUACUAUCAGUGCACUGAUGGUGUCCCACAGGUGGUCGACUGUCCCGCCAAGCAGGCCUACGAUACUGCCACACAAAAAUGCUCGACCACAGUAUCUUGCAAUGCAACACUUUGUGCUGAUGCCGUUGAUGGUACUGUUUAUCCCAUUGCUGGCGAAGAUACCAAGUUCUACAUAUGCUUGAAUAAUGAAGCUACGAUACAUACGUGUCCCGCAAACACUGCUCUGGAUCCUACGUAUUUGAUAUGUCUGCCUGUGCCCAGCUGCGCUUGUGAUCAGACGCAGUGCACCUCGAGCUCGCUAGAUGAGGCUUAUCCUUCCCUGAACAAUGACAAUUCUACCUUCUGUCUGUGCGAGGAAGAUGGUGGCUACUUGCGUAACUGCCCCGAGGGCUAUUACUUUGAUGCUGACGUAGCUAUUUGCACCUUCACGGGUCCUUGUGAUCCUCAGGGCUGCGUCGAUGAACCCGAAUACUCCCCCCUGGUCAACUACGAUGAUCCCAACAGCUUUUGUCUGUGCCGCGCUGGCGAACCAGUUCCUGUGCCCUGUCCCAUUGGCUACACCUUCAGCAGCUCUUUGCUCAUUUGCAUUCCAGCUGUAAUUCCCGAUCCCCGAUGCUGUCGCGACUAUUGCAUUGGCAAGGAGGACGAUCUGACUUUCCCUGCUCUGGACACAGAUACUGGUUUCUGUCUGUGCGUGGAUGAGGUGGCCUCGUAUAAGGAUUGCCCAGCGAACAAGACAUAUGAUGCCGACUUGGGCAUCUGCCUCACUUCCUAUCCUGAUGUGGAAUGCGAGUGCAAUCAGUGUGAUGCCACACUUUGCAACACACUGGAAGAAAAUGAUACCUUUGGCGUACCGGGAGAUACCAGUGGCUUCUGCUAUUGCAAGGAUUAUUGUGCAGUGUACGAGAAAUGUCCGGAUGGCAAAGAAUUCGAUGAUGAACUAUUGAUUUGUUUGGAACCUACGGGUCCCGUUGUCUGCGACGAGUCACAAUGCGACUUACUGGAGGAAUAUGAAACGUAUCCGGCAGAUAAUGGCACCGAUGGCUUCUGCUACUGCAUGGACGGUCUACCAAUUUACAGACCUUGCCCAGAUGGCAAGGAGUACGACAUAACUUAUGGCAUAUGCCUUGAUGUAUUGGUGCCAAGUUGUGACUGCGACCAGGACAAAUGCAGCUGCCUUGCUGAGUUUGAGCCUUACCCCUCCAACAACGAUGACGACACCAGUUUCUGCUACUGCAAGGGUGGCAUCGGCAUCUUGGACAACUGUCCAGUCGGCAAGGUCUUUGAUGCCGAAGAGGGCAUUUGCAUUCUUCAAGCAGCUUCUGAAUGCGUCUGUGAAGCAAACAAAUGUGCCAGUCUUCCGGACGAUACCGUGUUUGCGGCACUAAACACCACGUUUGGUUUCUGUCUGUGUCUCCAGGGUGUCAACAUCUAUGAACCUUGUCCCGAUGGCAAGGAAUUUGAUGUCACCUUUGAGAUUUGUCUGCCAUCAGCCAAAGCCCUCAAUCAAGACAUCUCCUGCGAUGUGAAUCAAUGCCGCAGCUUAGUGGAAUUCGCCACUUUUGCUGCCGCUGACACUGAGUAUGGCUAUUGCUUCUGCGAGUCCAAUGAUAGUGUCACCUACAAGACCUGCUCCAACGGUCACAUGUACGAUGCCAGCCUUGGCGUCUGUUUGGUCGAUGCCUGCGAUGCCAUGCAGUGUCGCUCCCGCAUUCCAUUCGAGGCAUUUGCAGCCAAGAACACCACCAGAGGUUUCUGUGCCUGCGAUAUUACACCCAUCUAUUACCACUGCUCGGCUGGACAUGUCUUCGAUGAUGUUCUGGGUGUUUGCGUGGAUGAAAUGACUGCCACGGUGGCUGCCUGUGAUCCUCGCGAGUGCCGCAAUCGCGUGCAGUUCGAGCCCUUCGCUGCCAAGAACGACACCGUGGGCUUCUGCUCCUGCGAUGGCAAGGAAGAGAUUGUCACCUACCACAGAUGCGUGGAGGGCAAGCUGUUCGAUCGCAAGCUAGAAAUGUGCCUGAGCAGCGAACAUAGUGUGCAGAAGAGAUCCGUUGAGCCGGAGGAAAAAUUCGCCUGCGAAGUAAAUGAGAAACGUUCGCUGCCCUCAAACUGUUCCCAGUACGAGAUCUGCGUGGAUGGCAAUUGGCGACGUCGCACUUGCUCUGACGAACGCUACUACAACCCGGAGCAACAGCGUUGUCUAGAACCCCGUGACGACAUGGUUUGCAACUAUGCUCGAGUGCCUGGACUGCCUGUGUGUGAUUUGCGUAGUGAAUCUGAAUCCAUUCCCAGUCGAAGUGGGAAGAGUAGCUGCCUGCAGUACUUCCGCUGCAAUGCUGGCAGAUGGCGCCUGCGCAGCUGUCCACGCCGUCAUUACUACGCCACGCAUGUGAACACUUGCCUGCCCAUGCCCGUCUACGAGGGCGACGACUUUUGUGGCUGGCUCAAUCGAACUGCAAUCUCCACAAGCUGUCGACAUCUUGCAGUGCGUCCUGCUGCAGGCAGUUGCUCCACGUUUUUGAUGUGCACCGAGAACGAAUGGUGGCUGCAAUCAUGUCCACUGGGCAUGUACUUCAGUCGGCAGCACAACUACUGUCUGCCCAACGAUGCCAAUCAAUGUGAGCUGUCUCGCAAUGCAACCUGCUUGGAGGAUGGUCAGCGACGCGGCAUCGCUGGCAGCUGUCGCUCGUUUGAGUUGUGUGUGGCAGGCAAAUGGCUGAGCGGCACUUGCCACAGCUGGGAACAGUUUGAACCGCAACUGGGCUGCAUGCCAAGCGAUGGCAGCUGCCAGGGCAAUGGCCUACGACGCGCCUGCAAUCCCGGCGAGCUGCGAGCGAUGCCCGUCAAUUGUAGUCAGUUGUUUUACUACUGUGUGGCCGAUGAGUGGCAAGUAGUUAGUUGCUUGCGUGGUCAAAGCUUUGACGUUGAAUUGGGCAAAUGUCAAUCGCAGGACAAGUGUCAGCUGCAGGUAAAGGAAAAGGAUUACUCGACGAACAACUGUGUGGGUCAGUCUGAUGGCACGAGUGUGCCGCAUCCCGAUGACUGCACUCGCUUCUACAUCUGUCUGCAACAGCAACCGGCGCUGCAACAAAACUGCGCCAACGGCAGCUUUUUCGAUGCCGCUCGCAGCUAUUGUCGCCCCAACGAUGGCAGCUGCCGGCAGCUCGCCACGAUUUGCAGUAACAAAACAAACGGCGCAUUGAUACCACAUCUGCAGAAUUGUCGCGCCUACUACAACUGCUCCAAUACAACGACGCAGCUGCUCUACUGCCCCAAGGGACAAUACUUCGAUGGCGCACAGCUGCAAUGCCGCCUUGAUCUGGGACAGUGCAAGCAGCAACCGAUGUCCGACUCGGAGACGAGCUUGGGUCUCUGCACUGGACUGCAACAUGGCGCCCAGCUGCCGCACAAGCUCUACUGCAAUCUCUACUAUGUUUGCGUGCGUGGCUUGGCCAUCUCGGUGCAAUGCGAAGAGCAGCAACGCUUCAAUGCCACGCUGGGCAGCUGUGUCAAACAGCUCGAGUCGGAAGUGGAGUGCCUGCAUGGCCAGCUAGAUGACAAGUUAAACAGCAGCGCCGUCUACAGCUGCGAUACUCUGCAGGAUGGCAGCUAUGUGCCUGACUAUCGUGACUGCACCAAGUAUUACAUUUGUGCUGGCGGUAUUGCUUUGAGCCAACACUGCGCGCUGGGCUCGUACUUUGAUGCCGAGCAACUGCUUUGUCUGCCUGCCGAUGGCGUUUGUCCUUAUGUGCCUGACUCUAACUCCAACAGCGAGCGACAGCAGCCGCCGAAUCCGCUGAUCUGCGAGGGUAAACAUGGCUUCAUUAUGCCGGACACAUCGAAUUGCAACAAUUUCUUUAUUUGCAUUGCGAAUAAAUUGCGCUGCGAUCGCUGCUAUAGCGGCUACUUUUUCAAUGCCACACUGCAACAGUGUCAGCCCAUUGAAGUCACCUUGGAAGAGGACAAGGAUGUGCAGCUAGAGCUAAAGUCAGCGUUAAUUACAGAGCAGGAGCUGCCCGUGAAGGAGUCGCAUUCUUGGGACCAAUGCAACGAUGCACCCACAGAUUUUGUGCAGCUCUGCGAAUAUAUUGGCGAAGGUUCAUCCAUUGCGGAGCCGGGAGAUUGUCGUCGCUACAUCAGUUGUGAGGAGAAUGAACCCAGCUCACAGCGUUGUCGCAAUGGCGAGAGCUAUGACAGUUUGCUUGGCAUCUGUCGUCAAAAUGAUGGCACCUGUUUGAUGGAGAACGGCGAACGUGUUGGCGUCUGCAAUGGCAAGCAUGGACAGCUGGCCAGAGACUCGCAAAAUUGCCGUGGCUACUUUGUUUGUGUGCAUGGCCAGAAGAUCGAGGCAGAGUGCGAGCCGGGUCACUAUUUCAACAGGGUCACCAACACUUGCCAGCUGGAUGUGCUGCAGCAAUGCAACGGCAAUACCAACGAGGUGGCAAAGCCCAAGAUCGAUGAGCCAUCGAUUUGAUCUUUCAACUAUUUAUACUGCAAUCUAAAGUAAUCACGCUUGGGGAAUUCUUUAACUUAACUAC